CACCUUUUCAUCCCAUAUGUCCCUCCUUUCUGUUAUGAAGUUCGACGGUGUUUCUUUCCUCCCCCUCUUCCUCUUCUUCUCUUCUUCGUCUUUGUAUUUGUAUUCAUGGAAUUCUCUUUUUCUUCUCCCAAUGGUUUGAAUUUGAAGUUGGGCUUUAAUUUCAAUGGCGGAAGUCAACCAUCGCCGAUAUCUAUUUCCUUUAACCAGCUUGCAAAUUGGGGUCAAGCGCAAGGGCAAAUCCAUCGACAAAACACUGUAAACAAAGAAAUGUCCAACCCCAGCCUUAAUGAAGAAUGUCAAAGAAAUACAAGUUCUAUGGAGUCAGCCAGAAUGUCUCACGCACGAGACUUUGUUUUUGUUCUUUUGUUUUACUCUUUUGCUACCUCGGUGGUUCUACUGGAUCACCUAUGUAUAUAAGCUUUCUAUAUGAUUGACUAUAUGUUCGAAUGAUCCUAGAUGAACAAGAUGUUAACUAUUGGAAUGUGGUGUAAGUUAUUAUUAAGUAUAUGGGAAAUGAUUUGAUAUGACAUGUAAGCACAACUUAUUAGACAAAA